AUGACGAACGCGAUCUUCCCCACGCACUGCGACGGCCUGGUCGCCAUCGCCACCGCCGGAGACCAAGUCUUCGUGUGCAACCCGGCCACGCAUGAGUUCGUCGCGCUGCCGCCGGGGACACCCGAUGCCCGCGAGUCCCGGACGGAGCCCGCCAGCGUGGCGGCGCUCGGCUUCAACCCGCACACCAAACGUUACGUCGUAGCCAGGUACUUCUACCGGCGCGACGACGAAGACGGCACCUGCGUCGACAUCGGCCACGAGUUGUUCACGCUCGGCGGCGGCGGCGACGACGAUUCUUCCUGGUCCUGGGAGCUCACCGAAGACCCGCCGCUCCCAAUCGUCCCGUCCCGUCCUGUCUGCAUAGGAGGAGCCUUGUACUGGGUAUCCACCAACAACAAACUACUCAAGUUCAGCUUGUCCGACAACAAGUUCGCCGUGAUCCCGUUGCCGCCGGCCACUUCGUACCAUUACACCCUGGCCAGCUUGACGGACCUGGACGGGAACCUUUGCUACGUCCACACGGCGUCGGCGACGGUCUUUGACGUGUGGCAGCUUGUCGACGAUGGCGGCGGCAUGUCGUGGUCUCCGCGGUGCCGGAUCGAUACCUUGGAUGAGGGCCUCGGCUUCGAUGCCUUCUUGCCGGUGUGGGCUGGUGAGGGCAGGAUGCUGGUGGCCGUCGACUACGAGAAGCUCUACUGGUGUUAUGAGAAGAGCGGGCGUCUGGAGGAAGCGGUGGACCUGGAAGUGGAUGUGGAUUUGGGGAGAGAGGAUGGCGAAUUGUACCUGCACCAUGUUGUUCCUUACGUUGAGAGUCUAAUUUCUAUCAGGAGUUGUAAGUAG